CUGCACCUUAUCUAGCUUACACUGUUUUCCCCUGCUUUUACCACCUUUAAAUAUCUCUCAACAUUUUCAAGAGUACCCAAUUUGAAUUUCAAUCUAAUUCGAAUUCAGUGCAAUCCAAAAACCCAACCACAGCAAAGCUUUUGAGAAAAGGAAGAAACAUGGAGAACAACACAAACAGCAGCAACAGCCAACAAGGUCAGCCAUCACCAUUUCCACCACAACCACCAUUUCAUCAUCUUUUGCAACAGCAGCAACAACAGCUUCAAAUGUUUUGGACUUACCAAAGACAAGAGAUUGAACAAGUGAAUGACUUCAAGAACCAUCAACUUCCUUUAGCUAGAAUCAAGAAGAUCAUGAAAGCGGAUGAAGAUGUACGCAUGAUAUCAGCUGAAGCACCAAUCUUAUUUGCAAAAGCUUGUGAACUUUUCAUACUUGAGCUCACUAUAAGAUCUUGGCUACACGCCGAGGAAAACAAGCGUCGGACACUUCAGAAGAAUGAUAUUGCAGCUGCAAUUACCCGUACUGAUAUUUUUGAUUUCUUAGUUGAUAUUGUACCGAGGGAAGAGAUGAAAGAGGAAGCAGGGUUGGGGCUUAUGGGAGGUGCUACUGCUAGCGGAGUCCCUUAUUAUUAUCCUCCGGUUGGGCAGACCGCACCAGGCGUUAUGAUGGGCCGGCCAGCAAUGCCUGGUAUGGAUCCGAAUAUGUACGUUCAUCAACCGUCGCAGGCGUGGCAAUCAGUUUGGCAAUCAGAUGAAGGGCCAUAUGGAAACAUUGGUGGCACAACCGGGCAAGCGGCCAAUUUAGAUGAGCAGGGGUAUGUGGAUCAACAAACUUCUGACUCUUAGUUAACCCAAAAAAUGCAAAAAAUUUAACUGAAAUGUUAGGUGUUUGGUUGUUCAAUUGGGUUCUGGAAAAUGUGUAGAUGCAAUCUUGUAUUUUGCGCAUUCAAUCCAAAACAUGCUAAUUUUAUAUGAUAUUAUCUCCUCUCAAUCCCGUUUAAGUUUGAAAUUUCGAUA